UAAAUCAACUUCCGGUUCCGUUUUCCUGUGUAUCAGUGGUAAAGCAAGAUGGCGGCGUUUGGACGUUUCUCUCAGACUCUGCUGCGCUCCGUUUCUGCGGUUCAGACACGGCAGCUCUCAGCCGCUGCGGCUCACGGAGAGCAGGGGUCGAAGACCUGGAAGCUGCUGACCUUCCUGGUGGCUCUGCCUGGAGUCGGAGUGUGUAUGCUGAACACGUUCUUGAAGGCUCAGCACCACAGCCACGAACAGCCUGAGUUCAUCCCCUACACACACCUCCGCAUCCGCAGCAAGCGUUUCCCAUGGGGUGACGGGAACAAGUCCCUCUUCCACAACUCCCACGUCAACGCUCUUCCUGAUGGAUACGAGAGUCACGAGUAGUGAAGGACGCACGAUUUCCCAUCAAGCCGGACCAGAGGGCUUCUCAUCCCCCCUCUCUUAACUCCUGGACCAUGCUCCAUUACUUCAGUUUACGUACCGAUACGUUUAACCUGUCUCUGACCUCUCGCUCAUGAACACAGUCCAUCAUCUUUGGACCACUGUGUGAGUGUGAAUAACAUAAGUAAAUAAAGAUCUAAUACUUCAA